AUGAAACAACCAGCAGGUGGAGAAAAUGCAGGUGAUCGCAACUCGAUGGCCAGCAAAGCUAACCGGCCGAGCACACUGCUCUCGAACGAUGAAAAUGAUCAACUUUUUCGCCUGUUGGGACGUCGAUGUCAGACACUUAGUACGGCAGUCGUGCAAUUGUACACUACACAGUCACCGGCACAUGCCUCCUGGGUAAAGCGAUGCACCGGUGCGCUCUGCUUCAUCAAGGACAACAUUCGGAAGUCGUACUACUUUCGGCUGUACUGUCUCAAAUCGAAUCAAAUGGUGUGGGAGCAGGAGCUGUACGAGAAAAUCGAAGUGACGCAACCGAAACCGUACCUUAUUACGUUCGAGGGACAGGAUGGUAUCGUUGCAUUUAACUUCGCCACCGAAGAUGAGGCAUCUGCUGUCAUGAAUACUACACUUACCACCAUACACAAUCGCAACCGACGGCGCGAUGAACGUAUAAAACGUAAUAAUACCCGGAAGGAUCCUCCACCGGCAAGGCCCCCACCGUUGCAAAACAUACCGGUCGGUGCAACUGGUUCGAACAUUCCCGAUUCAGAUUUGUCCGUAACCUACCGGAAUAAACAACCUUUUGCGAACCCCUUUUCCGGUCCAGCAGCACCACCGAUGCAACAAUAUCCCGGACAACAGCAGCAGGCCUCAAAUCUUGGCAAUGCUCUGCACCAGAAGCCUCGCAAGGUGAAGGGUAUGGGCAAAUUGCAAAAGUCCGACAUUGGGUCACCUUCGAACUUUAAGCAUGUGACCCAUGUCGGUUGGGAUCCGCAAAGUGGCUUCGAUUUGAUUGGCGCACAGGAAUCGCUGAAACCGUUCCUUGAGAAGGCUGGCGUACGGGACCAGCAUCUAAAAGAUCGCGACACGUGUGCAUUUAUAUACGAUUUUAUCCAAACGAACAACGUGCUCGACACAGUGAAGUCGGAACAGAGCAGCGGCCGCAAGCAAAAGCCUCCAGCGCCACCACCCGUACCGGUUCGUACACAUACCGAGGCACAGCCCGAAACGUUUCCUUCUCAGCCCCAAUCACAUGAACAUCAUCACCCUCAACAGCAUCCACCUAGCGUGCCGUCCCACCAGAAUGGUCAAACGAGAAAUCCGCCGCCGCCACCACCGCACCGUACGCUUCCGCCGCUUCCACCGACCACACCGCCAAAGGUCGCUCCUAGCGGACCGUCAGUGACGCGACCGCCCCCGAUGCAACCACCGCCGGCCCAGCAUCCAUCCGUUUCCGUACCGUCCGCUGCUGCACCGGCGCCUCCUCCUCCGCCACCAAUGCCAACAACAGCUGGACCCGUACCGCCACCCCCACCUCCGAUGAUGCCAUCGCUAAAACCACCGGCACCGGCCAUCCCAGGUGGGGCUGGUGGUGGUGGGGACGAGGGUGGCGAUGCACGUUCAGCACUGCUCGACAGUAUUCGCAAAGGAACAACGCUGAAGAAAGUGGAUCAAAGCGCACAACACAACACGGGUAGCGGAGAUAUGCGCAACGAUUUGAUGACCGAGAUACAGCAAGGGUUCCAGUUGCGCCCGGUCGCGAACCGCGAGUUAAAUGCGGUUGGUGAGCGGAACAGUGGUGGUGGGGGAAGUGGCGACGUCGGUACGGAUGCAUUGGCCGAUGCAUUGCGCCGUGCGCUAGCCGAACGUGGCCGAGUCAUUCGUCCAUCGGACGAAGAUGACAGUGAUUCCAAUUCCAACAACACCGACUGGGAAGAUUAA